AUGAAACAGACAAAAAUCCAAAAAUCAAAACGGAAUUUGUGCAAGAUUAGUGGCUAUGAAAGGGACGAUAUAAGAAGAAGAGAAGGAGUAACAAAAGUAAAUGAAAAGCAAGACAAAGGAAGAGUAGAAUUAAUGGGAAAUGAUGAGAUAGAAGAGGAGGAUGAGAAGAGAACAAGAACAAGUGGCUGGGAUCAGUCCAACCAGAAGGAGUCAAGACUUAAGUCUUCUCAGACGGUUCUCCACCUUGUCCAGAAUUCUGACAAGCGAGGGAAGUGCGGGUCAUCCAGUUACAUUAGGAGGAAUAUGACUUUAAAUGAUCAAGUUAUCGGACUUGACAGGAGUGAGGGAGGACACGAGGAAAGUGAUAAAGAGGAAGACGAAGAACUUAAGCUUUCCAGGAAGUUCUCAAACUGGAACGUGAGCUCAAACAGAACCGGUCUGUGUUUACAAUAUGGCAACGAGCAAUAUGGCAACGACCAAUAUGGCAACGCCCAAUAUGGCAACAACCAAUAUGGCAACAACCAAUAUGGCAACGACCAAUAUGGCAACGACCAAUAUGGCAACGACCAAUAUGGCAACGACCAAUAUGGCAACGACCAAUAUGGCAACGACCAAUAUGGCAACGACCUGACAAACAAAACUGAUUCCUUCAUAUAA